AUGCUCUGUUCACGCAAUUGCAUGACCCAGAACAAGUGGAAGAACCGGAAGGAGGUACGUGGAGUUGGGUUUGGGAGAGAACGGGCGGGGCGGGGGGAGGUCGCAACUGGACAGCUGGACGUGCUGGAGAAGGCAGUGCGCAUCCUGCACCUGCGCUACCGCUCCUGCCUGCGGCCGCUCACCCCUCCGUUCACCUGUUCCUCCCCAACCCCACUCAACCCCAUGCCCCUUCCCCUCUUAACCUGCAUCCCUCUUACCUGUGUCACCCACACUCCUCUUCCCCCUCACCCCCACCCCACGCCCCCACCACUCCCCUCCCACGCCUACCCGCCCACACGAGCAGAGAACGGGCGGGGUGGGGGGAGGUCGCAACUGGACAGUGUGGAGCUGGACGUGCUGGAGAAGGCAGUGCGCAUCCUGCACCUGCGCUACCGCUCCUGCCUGCGCCCGCUCACCAAGGGGCGCCUGCCGUCCGUGACUGAGCUCAGGGAGCUGAGAGUGAGCGCUGAGGCGCUGGGCGUGCGGUCUGCUCUACUGUGCCUCGACAGAAUACCCAAGCUCAGGGAGCUGAGAGUCAGCGCUGAGGCGCUGGGUGUGCGGUCGGCCCUGCUGUGCCUCGACAGAAUACCCAAGCCAUUCCCACCCUCCUUCACGCCACCCCUCAACUCCCCCCCUCCCACAGGGCGACCCCCGUCGCCUCGCCCUCUUUGCCUUCCGUACAUUCGCCCUGCGCGCCGAGCUGGACGCGGAGGCCCCUCCCUCCCUUCCCCACCGCUCCCCACCUUCCCCCACUCCUCCCCCACCCCCCCUCAGGGCGAUCCCCGCCGACUGGCUCCCUUUGCCUUCCGCACAUUCGCCCUGCGCGCCGAGCUGGACGCGGAGGCCCUGCUCUUGCCCCUAACACCCCCUUGCUCCCCCCAAGACCCCCCCCUCCUCUCCGCCCCCCUUCCCCAGGGCGACCCCCGUCAUCUCGCCCUCUUUGCCUUCCGCACAUUCGCCCUGCGCGCCGAGCUGGACGCGGAGGCCCCUCCCUCCCUUCCCCACCACUCCCCACCUUCUCCCACUCCUCCCCCACUCCUCCCCCACUCCUCCCCCACCCCCCCUCAGGGCGACCCCCGUCGCCUCGCCCUCUUUGCCUUCCGCACAUUCGCCCUGCGCGCCGAGCUGGACGCGGAGGCCCUGCGCGACCUAGAUGAGCCUCCCCCAGGCAACGCCUGGCCCGUCUCCUCCUACCGCGUCGGCACCCCGCGGCUCAGAGCCCUCCUAGAAGACAUGGUAGAGGAGGUGGAGAGUCUGUGGAACGCCACUAACAGGACUCUCUAUGAGGUUGCUAUAGUGCUCGCUCCGGUUCUGGCUCAAUACGCGUUGCUGGGGAAGGCGGUGGGGAUGGCUAUGGAGCAGUAUUAUGCUCGGCUGACUGUGAGGAAGCACGGGCGGGUGGUUAUGGCGGUGGGGGAUGAGAUUAUACUUUGGGACGAUGGGUUGGAAGAUGUUCGGGAGCUGUUUUUGGCUGAAAAGGCAGCGGAUGAGCAGCCGUUGGGGUCGGCUGUGAGAAUCGACAGCAUGAAUGAUUACUCGUGGUUUGUCUCUUGGAACGGGACUUCGGCGGUGGAUAAUAUCCCGAGUGAAGUUUCAGUGAAGAAACUGCUACACUCGAUCGGGGCGCCAACGGCGCGGCUGGCGGGGUUGAGAGCGCGGGAUAAGGGGCUGCUGAUGGGUGUGACUGUACCGGAUGUGAGAAUAGAGGCGGAGAAACGGGUGCUGGCGCAGUUGCAAUGGGUGGUGGACGGUGGAGGGAAGCUGGAGAUUAAGGCCGCCCGGCCACAGCACCAGGGGAUUAGUGCGGGCGUGGGGGAGAGAGAGGUGAUUGGGAGGGGGAAAAGAGCGGCGGGAGGGGGAACAGGGGCGGUGGCAGGGGGUGGUGCGGGAGGGGCGGGGGGGGCAGGGGGAGGGGGAGCGGGAGGGGGAGCAGGGGGAGCGCUGGGCGGAGGAGGAGGGGGGGAUGACAAGGCACUGCUGAAGAGGUCGUUUGCCAAGAGGCUCGAGUCACUGGACUCAGCAGGCAUGGACGAGCCUGAACCAGCCCACGAGAUCCCCUAUGAGGACCUCGUAGAAGCCACCAAGAACUGGUCGGACGACCUGCAGCUGGGGGAAGGGGGCUCCGCGCCGGCCCACGAGAUCCCCUAUGAGGAUCUCGUAGAGGCCACCAAGAACUGGUCGGACGACCUGCAGCUGGGGGAAGGGGGCUCUGCGGUUGUGUAUAAGGGCGUGUCACCAGAUGGGGAGCUGUGGGCGGUGAAGCGCGGGAAGAAGGGGGGGCUGACGCGGCUUCAGGAUUAUCAUAGAGAGGUGAGAGAAUGGGUGCUAAUGGGUGGGGCAGAGAUAAGGGAAGAUGAAUGCGGUUGUGUACAAGGGCGUGGAGCCGGAUGGGGAGCUGAGCUGUGGGCUGUGAAGCAAGGGAAGAAGGGGGGACUGACGCGGCUUCAGGAUUAUCAUAGAGAGAUCGAGGCAGUUUCCAAGAUGCUUCACCCGAACCUGGUGCGCCUGAUGGGGUUCUGCCAUGAGAACGAGGAGCAGGUGUUGGUGUACGAGUAUGUGGCCAAUGGCACGCUCAGACAACAUUUAUCCCCGUUACAAGGUGACACGGAGAAAGGGGUGCUGUCGUUUGAGCAACGGAUAGAGGCGGCGGUGGGGGUGGCAGAAGCACUGCUGUAUCUGCACUCGUGCAAACCGGUGCUCGUGCAUCGAGACGUGAAGAGCCUGAACGUGUUCAUGGAUGAUGAUUUGCAGCCGAAACUCGGGGAUUACGGCAACCUCAAGUCGAUAGGCGACGACGAAAGCGCCACCACACACACACGCGUGGUGGGCACGCCCGGGUAUCUGGACCCGCAAUACUGCCAGACGAGCGUGGUGUCUGUAAGGAGGGUGUGGGGGGGGGGGAAGAAAGAGUGGGGCACGCCCGGGUACCUGGACCCUCAGUACUGCCAGACGAGCGUGGUGUCUGUGUGGAGUGAUGUGUACAGUUUCGGAGUGGUCAUGCUAGAGCUCAUCACAGCCAAGCCUCCAUUUCGGAGUGGUCAUGCUAGAGCUCAUCACAUCCAAGCCUCCAGUGCUCAAGGAGGCACCUUAAUUUCGGAGUGUUUCGGAGUGGUCAUGCUAGAGCUCAUCACAGCCAAGCCGCCAGUGCUCAAGGAAGCUGACGAUUCGGGGGAGAGAAUGGCACUGGCGAAAUGGGCCACCCCUGCCAUCUGUGCCGGCAACCUCGACGCCGUAGUCGACCCCAAUCUAGCCCAGGCCUUCCCGCAGCAGCCCAUGCAGGCAUUCGCCAGCCUGGCAGCCAUGUGUGUGCAACGGCAGCCCAAGGACAGACCCAGCAUGCAGGAGGUGGUGAGGCGGCUCAAGGUCAUUCGCCAGGCAGCUGCAGCAGCAUCAGUCUCCUCCCCGCCGCCCAUCAACACGCGCCCCAACCCAUCAAUGCAACGAAUUCUUCCCCCCAAGCCUGGCAGCCGGGGCUCCUGGCGAGACAACCAGCAUCUCACUCCGCCUAUGUCGCCCCUUCUACCCACCACCCCCGAACCCUCCUACUCUCCCCGCGCCGCUGCCGCUGGCGGUGGCGGCAGCGGCGGGAUGAAAGUGUUUAACAAAGAGUUUUGGCGGCCUAGGCGGGCCCCUGCGAGGAGCCUAAGGGGUGCGGGUGGGUCUGUGCCGGUGGCAGCACAGGCGGAGUCGAGCAGAGGGCGCAUGUAUGGGCUCGGGCGGAAGGGGAAGAUGGUGAGUGCUGCUGCUUUGAUUUCUGUGGGGGGGAAUCAAAAAGAGAUGGCGGCACUGGCGAAGCUGCAGCACACGAAUCUGGCAGCCAUCCUGGGAUAUGCAGCGGACAAGGAGGACAUGCAGAUCACCCUUCAAAAGGAGAUGGCAGCAUUGGCAAAGCUGCAGCACACGAAUCUGGCAGCCAUCCUGGGAUAUGCAGCGGACAAGGAGGACAUGCAGAUCGCUCUUAUUCUUGUUCCCCCAUCUCCCCCCCCCGCCUUCUACUCACUCUCCCCCUUUGCUCUCACUGCUUGUUUGCUCUUUCUAUCGCUGCAGCAAAAGGAGAUGGCUGCACUGGCGAAGCUGCAGCACACAAAUCUGGCAGCCAUACUGGGAUAUGCAGCGGACAAGGAGGACAUGCAAAUCGCCUAUGACCUCCCUCCCAACUGCACGUGCCUCGAGAACUACCUCUUUCCAGGUAUGCUGAGAGAAUAUUCCCCUUUAAGGAGUGAUUUGAUUAUAUAUGACAAGGAGGAUAUGCAGAUCGCCUACGACCUCCCUCCAAACUGCACGUGUCUUGAGAACUACCUCUUCCCAGAGGAUGCGGAAGGGGAGUUCCUGCCGCUGAGAGUGCGCCUCAAGGUGGCAGUGGGGAUCGCCAAGGGGCUGACCUUCCUAGUACGCCUCAAGGUGGCAGUGGGGAUCGCCAAGGGGCUGACCUUCCUGCACUCGAGUGCAGUGGUGCAUGGGAACCUGCUGUCGAGAAACAUCAUGCUGGAUAAGAACUUUACGGUGCUGUUGACUGGCUAUGGUUUGGCGACCAUGCUGUCCAAGACAAGCACUCGCAAGAACCUCAAAGGCCCGGACGGCAUGGCCAAGGACGCGUUUGACUAUGGGGUGGUGCUAUUCGAGCUGCUGACGGGCCGCAGGGGCGCGCUGGUGGCGGACAGGGAGGGCGCGGACGGGCUCAUCGCGUGGGCAGAGCCGCGCAUCGAGGAGUACGAGCUCAGCGCUGCUUGCGCCGAGCCCACUAAACGCAUGGUGGUGCGCAUGUUGGAUGUGCUGGCCAAGGAGUGCGUUCAGGAGGACCCCAGAUGCCGACCUACUAUGAAGGAUCUGGUGGUGAGACUAUACAGUCUCCAAGAAUCUCUGGCAUCGCAGUAG